AUGGCCCACCUGGCUGAAGAGAGGCAGGCCCAGCAGAGAGGUACUAAAUGGGGAACUAAAGGGGAACAGUUCUCCUUGACUGAAAUCCCACCAUCAGACCCCAUCAGCAACUGGAAUCUUGGACUCAACAACGUCCCUUUUGGAUCUGUCCUAAAGGGAAUGUUUGCAAUACUUGCAGGACUUUACCUCAAAGUGACAAGUGUUGAUGUCCUAGUGAAAGCCUUGUUUGAGAAUUUGCAGGGACUGCUGACCUUCAGGGAUGUGGCCAUAGAAUUCUCUCAGGAGGAAUGGGGAUGCCUGAACCAGAGUCAGCGAGAACUGUACAGGGAUGUGAUGUUAGAGACCUAUGGACACCUCCUCUUCUUGGGCCUCAUUGUGUCGAAACCUCACCUGGUCAUUUUUUUGGAACAAAAGAGGGAGCUCUGGGAUGUGAAGAGAAAGAAGACGGUAGCCUCACCAGCAGGUAGGUGGGCAUGAACAAAACAGAUGACAGUGGUGAUAUGCAAAUAUUUAAAAUAUGGCUCAAGUAGCUCUCCUUGAAUGGAAAUUAGUUUGGAAGCCCAGUUUUAUGUCUGUCCCACUCAUAGCGGGACAUCAGCUUUCCAACCCGUCAUACUCUUACAUUCUCGAAGGAUUCUUUGUUCUGCUCCAGUGAUGGUCCAUCACAUCCACAGUGAGUGCCAGGAGACUCCCCUUGUGCGUUGAGUAUCUCCAAAGUCUGAAAGCUUCUCCUUUGCUUUGAAGGCCCUGGAGAAUUCUCCCUAUUCUGAGAAACUCUAUUGUAAGUCAUUCCCAGUUUCUGUUUUCGUGAGAAGUGUGUCAUAGUAGUGGUGGACAGAGUGGGUUUUGGUGUCCAAAUCCCAGGAGCACUGGAGACAGGGAUCACGUGAUUUCCGGUUUAUGCUUUCCAAUGUUCCUGAGGCUAUAAUCUUUGUUUUUAUUUCAAUGUUUGUUUUUGAGAGAGAGACAGAGAGAGGCAGACAGACAGAGCAAUUGUGGGGGAGGGGCAGAAAGAGACAGAGACAUAGAAUUUGAAGGAGCCUCCAGGCUUUGAGCAGUCAGCACAGAGCUUGAUGUGGGGUUUGAACUCACAGACCACAAGAUCAUGACCUGAGCUGAAGUUGGAUGGUCAACCAACUGAGCCACCCAGGCGCCCCACUGAUGCUUUAGGCUUAAUCAUACAACACUGAGAUUCAGUAAUUCCCUCAGAUAAAAAAGCAUUUUCUAAAAUGAGAAAAUCUCAUGCUCUAUUUCACUUCAGAAACUUAUUUUUCUUAUGAAUGAUAACAAGAAAUUUCCAAUUUAUGUCUUCCAUUCCUCAAUGGUGAAAUAAUUUGUCCAUGUGUAUUCUAAUAUUCCUACCAACAUUAAUGCCACAGGGGAACUAGAACACUGAGAACUUAGAACUCACAGCCUGCCAUAAAGACUCAAUGGGUACGUUAUUUCUCAGUAACAUCAUAAUUUUCAUCUUUUUUCUUGUAUAAUAUAAACUUCCUGUGCCUUUGUCAUCAAUG